AUGCCUCUCGCAAAGGAUCUCCUUUAUCCUCUCCGGAAGAGGAGGACACACAAGCAGCGCCUGGUGCAGAGCCCCAGUUCCUGUUUCACGGAUGUAAAGUGCCCAGGAUGCUCUGAAACCACCGCCGUACUUAGCCACGCACAAACAGUAGUGUUGGGUGUUGCUUUCUCUACUGUCCUCUGCCAGACUACAGGAGGAAAAGCAAGGCUUACAGAAGGAUGCUCUUUCAGACAGAAGCAGCACUAA